AUGAACAGCUCCGCAGAGACGGCUCCGCACGUGGAGCAGCAGAACUCAGAGGUUCUCAGAGUUCAGUCUGACCAGCAGCAUCACCUGGACUCCAUAUUCAUGCUGCUGGAGGACAACAUGGUGACUUUUGUGAAGAAAGAGCUGAAGAAGAUGCAGAAGGUUGUGAGUCCAGAUUACCCAGAAUGCUCAGAGAGACAGAGGGAGGAUGAGGAGGAGUUGGAGGGUGAUGAUGAAGAGCAGAGGAGCAGCAGAGAGAUAUUUCAGCAGAUCACAGUGUUGUUCCUGAGGAGGAUGAAGCAGGAGAAGCUGGCUGACAAACUUGCUGCUCCAGUUUGUAGACGUAAAUUUAAAUGUGGUCUGAAGAAGAAGUUCCAGAGAGUGUUUGAGGGCAUCGCUAAAGCAGGACAGAAGACCCUCCUGAAUGAGAUCUACACAGAGCUGUACAUCACAGAGGGAGGGACUGCAGAGGUCAAUGAUGAACAUGAGGUCAGACAGAUUGAAGCAGCAUCCAGGAAAACAGACAGAGCAGAAACAAGCAUCAGAGCAGAAGACAUCUUUGAAGGCUCACCUGGAAGAGAUGGACCAAUCAGAACAGUGAUGACAAUGGGAGUGGCUGGCAUCGGGAAAACAGUGUUAACACAGAAGUUGACUCUGGACUGGGCUGAAGACAAAAGCAACCAGGACAUCCACUUCAUGUUUCCAUUGACUUUCAGAGAGCUGAAUGUGCUGAAAGAGAGAAAGUUCAGCUUGGUGGAACUUGUUCAUCACUUCUUCAGUGAAACCAAAGCAGCAGGAAUGUGCAGGUUUGAAGACUUCCAGGUUGUGUUGAUCUUUGACGGUCUGGAUGAGUGUCGCCUUCCUCUGGACUUCCACAACAAUGAGAUCCUGACUGAUGUUAGAGAGUCCACCUCAGUGGAUGUGCUGCUGACAAACCUGAUCAGGGGGAAUCUGCUUCCCUCUGCUCGCCUCUGGAUAACCACACGACCUGCAGCAGCCAAUCAGAUCCCUCCUGACUGUGUGGACAUGGUGACAGAUGUCAGAGGGUUCACUGACCCACAGAAGGAGGAGUACUUCAGGAAGAGAUUCAAAGAUGAAGAGCAGGCCAGAAGCAUCAUCUCCCACAUGAAAAAAUCACGAAGCCUCCACAUCAUGUGCCACAUCCCAGUGUUCUGCUGGAUCACUGCUACAGUUCUGGAGGAGCUGCUGAGAACCAGAGAGGGAGGAGAUCUGCCCAGAACCCUGACUGAGAUGUACAUCCACCACCUGGUGGUUCAGACCAAAGUCAAGAAGGUCAAGUAUGAUGGAGGAGCUGGGACAGAUCCACACUGGAGUCCAGACAGCAGGAGGAUGAUUGAGUCUCUGGGAAAACUGGCUUUUGAGCAGCUGCAGAAAGGAAACCUGAUCUUCUAUGAGUCCGACCUGACAGAGUGUGGCAUCGAUCUGGAAGCAGCCUCAGUGUACUCAGGAGUGUUCACACAGAUCUUUAAAGAGGAGAGAGGGCUGUACCAGGACAAGGUGUUCUGUUUCGUCCAUCUGAGCGUUCAGGAGUUUCUGGCUGCAGUCUACAUGUUCCACUGUUACACCAACAAGAAGGAGAAGGUUCUGGAGGACUUCCUGGGAAAAGACUGGAAAGACAAGAACAGAGACACUCUGGAUGUGUUCCUGAACAGAGUCAUGGAGAAAUCACUGAGAAGUAAAAAUGGUCACCUGGACCUGUUUGUUCGUUUCCUUCAUGGCCUCUGUCUGGAGUCCAACCAGAGACUCUUCGGAGGCCUGCUGGGUCAGACAGAGGACCAUCCAGGAAUGAUCCAGAGAGUCAUCAACAACCUGAAGAAGAUGAACAGUGAUGAAAUGUCUCCAGACAGAAGCAUCAACAUCUUCCACUGUCUGAUGGAGAUGAAGGAUCUCUCAGUACAUCAGGAGGUCCAAGAGUUCCUUAAGUCAGAGAACAGAUCAAGGAAGGAACUCUCUGAGAUCCACUGCUCAGCUCUGGCCUACAUGCUGCAGAUGUCAGAGGAGGUUCUGGAUGACUUGUACCUGAGCAAGUACAAAACAUCAAAUAAGGGAAAACGGAGGCUGAUUCCAGCUGUGAGGAACGCCAGAAAGUUUCGACUUUAUAGCUGUGAACUCUCAGAGAGUCACUGUGAAGUCGUGGCCUCAGCUCUGAAGUCCAACCCCUCCCAUCUGAUAGAACUGGACCUGAAUGGAAACAACUUGCAGGAUUCAGGAGUGAAGCAUCUUUCUGAUGGACUGCAGAGUCCAAACUGUAAACUGGAGACUCUCAGAUUGAUGAGCUGCAGUUUGUCAGAGAUCAGCUGUGAUUCUCUGGUCUCAGCUCUGAAGUCCAACCCCUCCCAUCUGGAACAUCUGGACCUGAGUGACAACGACCUGCAGGAUUCAGGAGUGAAACAUCUGAGUGGUUUUCUGGAGAGUCCAGACUGCAUCCUGAAGUAUCUGGGAUUGGAAGACUGCAGUUUGUCAGAGAUCAGCUGUGAUUCUCUGGUCUCAGCUCUGAAGUCCAACCCCUCCCAUCUGGAACAUCUGGACCUGAGCUCCAACAACCUGAAGGAUUCAGGAGUGAAACAUCUGAGUGGUUUUCUGGAGAGUCCAGACUGCAUCCUGAAGACUCUGAUAUUGAUGAGCUGCAGUUUGUCAGAGAUCAGCUGUGAUUCUCUGGUCUCAGCUCUGAAGUCCAACCCCUCCCAUCUGGAACAUCUGGACCUGAGAGGAAACAAGCGUGUUAAGGAUUCAUCAGUGAAACAUCUGUUAGAUCUUGUGAAGAGUCCAGACUGCAUCCUGAAGACUCUGAUAUGGAAGUGAUGCUGAUCAGGACGGUGUUUGUGCUGAGAGGAUGAAGUGUGUCCUGAUGAUCCAGAUGUUGAAGCAGCAGCAGCUGGUGUGUAGAGACUCUGACUGGACCAUGUUACUGCACUGUAAAACAUCAGGAAUUCAUUCAGUCACAUCAACUCAUCUGUUCUAGUUUACUUUAGAGAAAUACAGCAGUUUUACUAAUUACUAAUUAUUUGAACUUAAAAUGUCUCAUUUUUCUUUUCAAACCACUUUAGAACUAAAAAACAUGAAUUUGUAGAACUUGAGGCAUUUUUUCUUCAAAUAUUGAGUUGAAUGAAUGAACAGCUCAGAGUUCACUCAACUCAUUAAAUUAAGUUCACAAGAAACAAAACAAACACAGAUUUCCCCGUUAAUGUUCACAUGAUACCAUGACUGUAAAAAAUGAUCAUUAUUUUACAACCAGUUCUGUUUGUUUUGUUCAAUUACAAACAAUAUCUAGUAAAAUCCCAGAAAAGUAUUAACUUCCAUGUUCAACUGUAAAUAAUGUCCACAUCAAUAGGGUUAGGUAUUUUAAUAAAUACUCAUUUGUUCUUUAACAACAUUUUUACUUUAUUUUAAUCAGCAACAAGUCACAUUAUUUUACAGAUAUUUGUCCUCAUUUUAAAGACUAUUUAUGUUUAUUAAAGAUUGAAAAUGAGAAAUAUUUUAACACUUAAUUCACAUUUUUGCUGUGUUUUGUUAAAUUACAGAUAAUCUGGAAUAAAAUCACAGAAAAAAUGUUCAUUUAUUCAGAAUGUUUGCUGUAAAAAAACUGUAGAAUAAUGUGAACAUUAAAAUUCACUAUUUUAAUAAAUGUUCAUUUGUUCUUUUAUUCCAUUUAACUCUCACACUCUUGUUUAUUGAAUUUAAAUCAUCAAAAAAUAUCAUUUUUCCAGAAUCUGAAGGACAAACUAUGUAUAUGUAUACGAUAUAUAUUAAUUCUAUUAAAGGCAGAAAUGAUUCCAAAGCAUUCCACUGUUUUAUUUGACAGUUUUGCAGGAUUUAGUUCAAUUACAGAUAAUCUGUGUAAAAUGAUAAAAAAGUGUUAAUUUCUACAAUUUUAGAAUCUUUCUUUUUCCAACUAGUAAAUUGUUGUUGUACAAUGUGUGACCAAUAAAAAUGACUGUUUUCCUGUUUUCACCUCAACAACAACUAUUCCAAUAAGUGACAGAUGUUUUCUGUCAUUUUCUCACUUUCUCCACUUCUUAAAUGUUGUGUUUCUCUCUUCAAACAUUUCCUCUGGCCUCCUUGCUGCCAGAUGUUCACCGUUCCUUUCCACAUAUUUUUUCCAGUGUGGAGGUUGAUGUCAGGUUGCAGAGUGUGCAGUAAGUUUCAGGAUGUUUGUUUCAGUGCAGGAUUAGAUUUGACUUUUCUUUCUAUUUCCAGCUGCAGUCAAACUUGUUGAUCUUCUCUACCUGCAGCACAUUGAGCUGAUGAGAACAAAGUGUCCUGGAAACAUGUCAGCUGAAGCCUUGGUGUCCAGAGAGAGUUUAAUGAAGCACAUGUGAAGGAUUUUUACAGCAUCACGUAGAAAUCCAGUUUAGUCCUCAAAGGUCCAGAAGCAGCUUGUUGAGCUCAGAGUUCAUAUUUAAUGUCAACAUCCUUUGACCUUUCUGAGCUCCACUAAAUGUUUCUGCUACUUUCUCUCUUCUUCACCUUCAGCUGGUUCCUGGUGUGUAGAAGCUUCCAGAUCAAUAAUAUUCUUUGUCUUCUGAGCUGCUGCUGCUUCCUUGAAAUCCCAGUGAUGAUUUUCAUCUGGACUGAAAUCCAGGACUGAGACGCCCCUCCAGGACUUUCCAGGAAGGAUUCCUGAAGCAGGCUUUGGUGGACGUUUGCUUUGGAUGCUGGUCCUGCUGAAAGUCCAGUGAGCUUCAGUUUCCUCACAUUGUUCUUCUAAGUGUCCUGGUGUUGGAGAGAAUCCAUGAUGCUGCUCACACGCUCCAGUUUAGCAGCUUCAAAGCCACCAACAGGACUGUUGAUGCUGUUCUUCUGGUCCUUCUGCCUCCAGACGUUCUGCCCAAACAGUCCACUUUAGUCUCAUCAGUCCAUCAGACUCCCACAACUCUGCUUUGUUCCACACAUGAAGAGCUUGUUGUUGAGUGUUGUCAGACUUUAUUUGCUGCCUUCAUCAGGUCCUGCAGCUCUUUGUCACUUAUCAGACUUUUUAUCAGCUGCUGCUCUUAAACUUGUGCUUCCUCUUUGGAGGAAUUUUUCUCUUUGUUCCACAAACAGGAAGGUUUUACAGCAGGUGUUACGGUUUGGGGCGAGAACAAACCCAAAUGAGAGUCGCACAGAGCAGACGGCAGGCAGAGCGACAAUUGAACAGGUUUUAUUCACAAAAACUAACAAACUAUGAUGCCAACUAUGAGCAGAAACUCCCAACCGGAGAGGGAGGGGGGAAGGCAGGAUUGAGGGGACGACAGCCAGAGUGGAGGCAUGUGCCGGCGCUCUGCAACUGGGGAAGCACGGCUGCAGCAACCAGGAAUGACGCCGGUGUGGUGCCAAAGUAGUUCCCCCCCAUAGAAAGUGUAUCUCUUGCUGCAGGAGCGCGCAUGCAUUUGGAAGGGUGGAGCUAUAAUCCCAUGUUUAGAUAUCAGCGUAGAUUAUGAAUAAAACAAAAUGUGGAUUGUUCAAAGAUGUUUGCUAAUGUAGCACGUGACAUUUCUACCUAAAUAAAUGCUUUUGCUGUA